CAGGGCAGGAACUGUCGUCUGCUUCAUCCAUUACUUGUUUGUUAUGGAACGUCCUCGAGUGUGACUUUCUAGAUGCUGACUCAUUUUUUUGUACACAAUUUAGUAAAAGACACUGGUGGUGAUUAUCAGUACAUGGCUUGAAGGCCUUGUGAUAUAAUUUGAACUGAAUUUUUGAUUAGGUGAAUAGAGAGUUACCGAGGCCCAGAUUUCGGCACCGAGCCGUGGAAUAUUGUUGUCGUGAUGCUAACCUGAGCAAACAAUCUGUUUAGGAUUACUACAAGACAUUGCAAAGGCAUUGAUACGUCUGCAGAGAGAGAUAAAGGUAACAUAAAGCUCAAUAAUGGACAAUCUGGAUGACCUGUUUUUUGAUCACAGGCUGCAGAAGAAAGCCAAAGUCGAGCCGCUGUUUGUGUCCAAGAGGAGAGCUCCAUGUUGUCCAGAACCUCCAACCUUUGAUGACUUUUUAUCCACACCACUCUUCCAGGCUGACUUGAUGUCUUUCAAGCCAUCACAGCUUAUGAGCCAAACCCAGAGGAGAGGUACUCAGCCAGAGAAUGAGGCUUAUGAUGUCAUGGAAGGAUCACAGAUUGGAACACAGAAUCCCAAAUCCUUAAAUGGUAGUCUUUCACACCCAAGGAAAAGGUUAUUUAUACAAUAAAUAAAAUUUUUAUCACAUUUAUUUAUGCUAUAUAAGGAUUCAGUUUUUGGUCUCAUUGUACUCUCUCUGUGUCAACUGGGGUACAAAACGUUUUUUUCAAGACACAUCUUUGAUGCUGUUUUCUGGUAAAUUUUAAUAAAUGCCUUUUUCUUUCAGAAUGGUGAAAACCUUGAUUCUUCAACCUUUUCAUCUACCUCUGAAAGAACUAUGGAGUAUGGAGAAAUAAUUUGCACAGUUUUAUGAAGCUAGCAUCUUUAAUGACUCAAACAAAUCAAUGCUUGUAUCAUUUUCAUAAUAAUUGAAUGCAUAAAUUAAUUCUAUGGGAAAAAGUGCUUUAGUUGAAAAGG